AUGAAGUUCGCCAAGACAUUAAAUCUCGCUGCCGGGUCUCACAGAGCCAAAGAUCUAUUGGUCGUGGUGUCCGCUCGUUGGCAGAACGUCUGCUUUAUUGCAGCUUUACCAUGCCUAAAAUGGACGUCGUUGUAUGGUUGUGUUCCGAAUUUCGAGUUCACUACGCCCGGCGGUGAGAGACCCAGGGGUUGGGGAUUUGACCCCAACCCCUCCAAAUUGGGUCCAGAUUGGAUAUUCCAUCCAAUGAAAGUGUCGGAAUCUGCUUCCCAACCUCAAUUUAGUCUUGACCGUAACUCUAAGGGCAGUGAGGGGUGGCAAGACGCACCCAAAUGUGCGAACCGGGUCCGAUCUAAGAUGUUCUCCAUCUUUGUCGCUGUCAUGGCCGCCGUGGCUAUUGUCUCCGCUACUGCGGAGGCGACGACGCCGCGGGACCUAGUCGCGUCUGCGUGA